AUGGCUGUUGCAGGACCUAGACAACCAGGCCCGAAGUUCGGUCAAUCAGUUGCUCCCAAUCUGAAUGUCCGACAUCUAUGUCCUAAUUGUCGAACCGAUCCUCCCAAUAUCAUCGAAGAAUACUCCAAAGGUGAUCUGACUUUUGCGGGUGACGAAAAUGGCGACGAUCCUUCACGUGUUGGAGAUGCGGGUAAUCCAUUACUAGGAUCAAAUCACCUCGAUACUGUCAUCUCCCAUAAAGACGGUCGAUCAGGUAUGGCACGAGAUCUGAAUCGAGCCGUCCAACGAGCGAAUAACCUCUCAAAUGGUAUCAACGGUAAAACGAAUACAGCAAUACUUUCAGCUGUUUUUUCACGUAUCGGAGAAAAAUGCGAUGCGAUGCAACUACCUAGAGGAGUGAGAGAAAGAGCUCAACAUGUGUACAAAAUUGCCGAUGAACAAAAAGCGAUCAAAGGUAAAAACGAAGCUGCAAUUAUAGCAGCAUGCAUAAUUUACGCAUGUAGAGAUGCAGGAGCUCAUCGAACUUUUCAAGAAGUUUGUAAAGCGCUCAAAAUCUCCAAAAAAGAAUUAGGACAAGUUUUCUUAGUAAUCAAGAAUGCUGUUCAGAAUUCAGGAACUAAAACAGGUGGACAUUCAGAUGGAUCUAAUAACGCACAAGAGUCUGCCGAGGCUUUAUUAGGUCGUUUUACGAAUUAUCUGGAUUUGGGAAACGCGGUUUUUAAUGCCUCAAAACACAUAGCUGCUGAAGCUACUGCAAAGUCAACUAUAGAUGGUAGAUCACCUGUAUCUAUAGCAGCAGGUGUAUUGUAUUUCACUUGUGUCCUUUUAAGUAAGAAUACUACUGCGAAAGAUAUUGCUGCGAUGGGAGGUGUUUCAGAAUCUACCACGAAGCUGAUCUGUAAAAUGGUAGCUACGAAACUUGAUGAGGUGAUCCGACCUGAAUGGAAAACCGAGUAUGCCCAAGGAUACGCUUCUUUAGCUCAAUUGGGUAGAAUAAACGAAUCUGCCAAAGGCUCAAGAUCAGGCACUCCAAGUAGAUUAAGCCAAGCUCCUACUGGUUCCAGUGCUGCAGGAAGCGGUGGAGAUAGUAAGCCAUCUGCAAGUACGAAAGAGAAAGUCACUAGCAAUGGCGAAGCGAAAGCGAAAGCGAAUGGUGAUGGUGAUGUUGAUAUGUCAAAGGGAAAAGAGGAAGUUGAAAAUGGUGAUAAAUAG